UGCGGCCGACGGGGUGCGCGGCUGCGGCUGGGGCCCAGCUUCUAGCAAUACUACGCGCUAGCUUACCCUUUUCGGCUCCCGGGGCGCUCUGCGCACCCUUGCCCUUCCCGAGACCCGUGCUGGCCGCUGGCCGCUACCCGCUUCCGGGGAGCGCCCCUUCACCACCUGCAGAUCCUUUCUCUCCCUUUCCUCUGGCUCCGCCCUGAACCAUGUUUUUCACCUGUGGCCCAAAUGAGGCCAUGGUGGUCUCCGGUUUCUGUCGAAGCCCCCCUGUCAUGGUGGCGGGAGGACGCGUCUUUGUCCUGCCCUGCAUCCAGCAAAUCCAGAGGAUCUCUCUCAACACACUGACCCUCAAUGUGAAGAGUGAAAAGGUUUACACUCGCCACGGGGUCCCCAUCUCAGUCACUGGCAUUGCCCAGGUGAAAAUUCAGGGGCAAAACAAGGAGAUGUUGGCGGCUGCCUGCCAGAUGUUCCUGGGGAAGACCGAGGCUGAGAUUGCCCAUAUUGCACUGGAGACGCUGGAGGGCCACCAGAGAGCCAUCAUGGCCCACAUGACUGUGGAGGAGAUCUAUAAGGACAGGCAGAAAUUCUCAGAGCAAGUUUUCAAAGUGGCCUCUUCAGACCUGGUCAACAUGGGCAUCAGUGUGGUUAGCUACACUCUGAAGGACAUUCAUGAUGAGCAGGACUAUUUGCACUCGUUGGGGAAGGCUCGAACUGCCCAGGUCCAAAAAGAUGCUCGAAUUGGGGAAGCUGAGGCUAAGAGAGAUGCUGGGAUCCGGGAGGCCAAAGCCAAGCAGGAAAAGGUGUCUGCCCAGUACCUGAGUGAGAUUGAGAUGGCCAAGGCCCAGAGGGACUACGAGCUGAAGAAGGCUGCUUACGACAUCGAGGUCAACACCCGCCGAGCACAAGCUGACCUGGCCUAUCAGCUUCAGGUGGCCAAGACUAAGCAGCAGAUCGAGGAGCAGCGGGUCCAGGUACAGGUGGUGGAGCGGGCCCAGCAGGUGGCAGUGCAGGAGCAGGAGAUCGCCCGCCGAGAGAAGGAGCUGGAAGCCAGAGUGCGGAAGCCCGCAGAAGCUGAGCGCUACCGGCUGGAGCGCCUAGCAGAGGCAGAGAAGUCCCAGCUGAUCAUGCAGGCAGAGGCUGAGGCUGAGUCUGUGAGGAUGCGUGGGGAAGCUGAGGCCUUUGCCGUGGAGGCCCGAGCACGGGCAGAAGCUGAGCAGAUGGUCAAGAAGGCAGAAGCAUUCCAGCUGUACCAAGAGGCAGCUCUGCUGGACAUGCUGCUAGAGAAGCUGCCCCAGGUGGCCGAGGAGAUCAGUGGCCCCUUGACCUCAGCCAAUAAGAUCACACUGGUGUCCAGUGGAAGUGGGACUAUAGGGGCGGCCAAAGUGACUGGGGAAGUACUGGACAUCCUAAGCCGCCUGCCGGAGAGCAUAGAGAGACUCACAGGCGUCAGCAUCUCCCAGGUGAACCACAACAAGCCUUUGCAAACAGCCUGAGCCCCCAGCCCUCGCUGAUGCCCAGCCUCAUUGUUCCAAGUUCCCUGAAGGAUCCCCAUAUUGCAUGCAGCCCAACUAGUCUCCCAGAGCAUGCCCUUUGACAGGAGGGCACUACCCUUCAUCCCUCCUUGCCAAAUCACCUGUGCCUUGCCUUGGAGGGGGUAGGGCUUCUUCCCUUGCCAACCCCACACUACCAAGAUUGCCCUCCCCAGGGGCCCCAUGCCAGCCUGCUCGUUCAUUAUCCCGCCGCGCUCCCCACAACUUACUCAACUUGAGCCGGUGAUCUGCAGUUCUCUCCUGAUCAAGACUGAGGGAUGGUCUGGAGGUUCUCAACUUUACAUGCCAAAUUGUUAAUAAGUACUGAUACUUAUGAACAAUUAAUAAAGCAGAACAAAUUCAAAAUGAA